AUGGUUAAUAAUAUAGAAAAUGACAUGAAAAUCUCAACUGUUAAAAGCAAAGAGGAACUGCCUAAUUCGAUCAUCGUCACGCAGGUUCCAGAGGAGGUGUUCACUAAUCCGGAAUACAAAGAGAAUUUCUGCCAAUUAUUUACUCAAAUCGAAGAGAAUAUCCAUUUUGACUAUUUCAAAAGCUUUCGGCGGGUCCGCGUAAUUUUUAGCACCCCAGAAAGUGCUACAGCAGCUAAGCUGAUAGUGCAAGGCUUCUCUUUUCAUGGUCAUGAGCUCAAGGCAUUCUUUGCGCAGCGAGUCGUCUUGCGUCGUUCUUCAUCAUCAUCACUACUCUCGCCACCUCCACUUGAGAAGCAGUUUCUUAUCUCUCCGCCGUGUUCGCCACCUCUAGGCUGGGCUCAGACAAAGGAGAUGCCACCAGUUAUUUGUAAUUUCGACCUAAUGGCACGAUUGGCCUCGUUUGCAAUUGACGAUAAAUACGAAAUUCAUAAUGGUGAUGAAAGCACACCAGCAAUUGUCAUUCACCCCUGUGAAACUCCAUUGGAUGCUCCGUCCAGUAUUGAAAUGCCUCGUACUCCACGACCGUCAUCUCCUGCUUACUAA